AUUUGGUCCGACGAGCUGCGAAGAUCGUGAAAUUCACCUUAUGUUUACAAUUAAACAUGGGAAGAGCGUCGCGAGCGAGCUGCCGACUUGACACCGAGGUUUAGAUCGUGCGUGUUUGUGAUACUAGUGUGAUGAUGUCUAAGACAAAGAAGCUGCGCGGGUCGUUCCGGUGGACAGCGUGGGACCCGCGCCUGUUGGUGGCGCAGAUGGCUGCGGUACAGGCCCUCCUCUACUCGUCUCUGGCGCUGCUGCUGGCGCUGGCGCAGGACCUCACGGGCGCGCCGCGCACCCUCGACCACAUCUUCGCCUAUCACGAGCUGCAUGUCCGUAACAGCGAGGGCUGCUCGGUUAUUGCCUCAUUUGUGCUCAAUGCCAUUAUUGGAGCUUUUGCUUUGUGGUUGAUUGUUGGCAGAACUAAACUAUGCUUGGACUUCAGCUGCACUUUCCACGGCAUCCACCUGGUGGCGUGCUGGCUGUACAACGGCAGCUUCCCGGCCACGCUGUCGUGGUGGACGCUCAACGUGGCCUGCGCCAGCGUCACCUGCGUCGCCGCUGAGUUCCUCUGUCUGCGGACCGAGCUGCAGGCAAUUCCCCUGAGCAACAUUGGAGCGAAGGUGGACUUAUGAGACGCCGCACCGCGCCCGCGGACGGACUGGGGUGGGAAGUGUCGCCGAGAUGAGUUCAUCAAUCAAAAGCAUGUAUAGACAGCCUAUGUACGCCCACCGCUGGGCACGGACCUCCCCUCUAUCAACCAGAAGGUAGACAAAGAAAAAAUUAACGGUUGAUUAUUUUUAGUGUAAGAUCGAGAAAGCACGCGUGGUGUGCCGACCUCACUUAGAACGGAAUAAAGGCUGGAGGAUGAUGAACAAAAACGCCUAUUGAAAGUAGAUUUUAGUUCUAUCUUACUUGGAACAUUACUGCUGAUAAGCGCCGCAAGACACUUCUCAAUAAUAAGAUAUAUAGGUAAUAUAAUGUUACUAGAACUUUAUUAUAAACGGCAUAUUUAGGGUUGAACUACACCGCAUGCUCACUCGUUGUAUCUGCCGCGUGCUGUCGCCCUCUCGCUCUAGCAAAUGACGGUUCUAGGACCAGAACUGGAUAGAAGCAAAAGACAGCGCGGUGACGUCCGGACAGAUGUGGUUCAACCCUUAUACUUGCCAUAACAGGCACUGACUUCUUUUCACUCAACAAGAAAUGAGUCACUGUUUAACGCGAUUUGUAUUAGAGCCUGUGAGCCGCGCCAAACUGUCGGUGAUCUAAAACUGCAUCUUCAUUCCUGCGAUUGGCGUGUUUGGUCGCGUAGUAUUUUGUCAAUUUUGUACUAAAAUAAUAACAAUAGUAUCAUCAUGUAAAACAUAUUUCGUGAUUCAUUUCUGAAAUGAAACAUAAAUAAUUGUCAAAAUUAUUUUGAAUUAUAUCAUAACUUGUAAUAUAACUAUGUUGUAUGAUAAUGUAAAUAAAUUAUUUUAUGUCAAUAUAAAAUUAUUUGAGUAAA